UAAAGAAAUAAAGAAUAUUUUCAAUGCUUAUUGCAAGGCAGCAACACUCAGUAACUGAGUUGUCAGUCUGUUUUAGUUUAGUUGAACUGCGUUUAUGUGCUAAUUUCUUUUGGUUUAGGGGCAGCUCUAUAACUGUGUCCUGUCUCAACUGGUUUAGAGGGCUUAGGAGGCCAACUGGUAACUUUAUUUAAUUUUUAGAAGGGGUAGAAAUUGGGGUGAAGGGGGAAGUCCUUCAGUUUCUCAAGCAGUGAACCAAUUUGCUAAGUCAAGGAGUCCAGCUGUCUCGAAUAAACAUGAAUAGCCUAGAUGCAGACUGCUUUUUCUCAUAACCCAACAGCAGGACAGAAAGAAAAAGCUGUUGCUUGAGUCUGAAAGAGUGAUGAAAUAGUCCCUGAGUGCCUUGCCUGUGGGCUGCUGGGGCAUAGUGACGUGCUGUUUCAGCUGUGGGCUGGUUUUUUCUCUCAGUAUCUGCUGUUUGAGUUGGCUGUGGAGGGAGGAGUGCUGUAUGUGUGGGGCCUGCUCUCAGGAGAGAGAGAGAGAGGGAGGGAGAGAGAAAGAGGAAGUGUGAGAAAGGGAGGGAAAAGAGACAGAGGGGAGGACUGUGCAGGGAAUAGAAAGGUAAGGCCUAGUGUUAUUUAAAUCAGUCCAGGUCUGGUCUGACUAGUUUCUUACCCAGAGAGGAAAAGGAAGUGGGUGCUGAGAGAGAGAACGGCACUGAGAAAGGAAAGAGCCCGCAAAACAAACAAAAAAAAAACUGCAAAAUUGGUGAGCCUCUUCUUGCUGUAAAGGGGGACAUAAAAACCAAACGGAGGAGAAGAUGGGAGGUGAAGAAGAGAACUACUAUGGAAAACAUGGGGAACCGCAGAAGUAUGACCCCAGUUUUAAAGGACCCAUUCAUAACCGGGGCUGCACUGACAUCAUCUGCUGCAUCCUCUUCAUCGUCGCCAUCAUCGGCUACUUUGUCGUGGGCAUCGUGGCCUGGUCUCAAGGUGACCCAAGAAAGGUGAUCUACCCCACUGACAGCAGAGGGCAGUUCUGUGGACAGGCUGGCACCCCACUGGAGAAAAAGGGGAACCUGUUCUACUUCAACAUCAUGAAGUGUGCCAGCCCUCUGGUCCUGCUGGAGUUCCAGUGUCCCACAACGCAGAUCUGUGUUGAUGAGUGUCCGGAUCGCUUCAUGACACUACUGAAGGCCUACGCAAACCCAGCAGACCUGAAAUACUAUCAGACAUUCUGCAAGGAAAACAUUUUUUUUUCUAAACUGACAGCUGUGGAGGUUCUGAGGGACGGUCUGUGUCCAGCCAUGCUGACCCCCAGCAAGCCAUUCAGUCGCAGGUGCUUCCCCGCUCUCCAGACAAGUAAGGGGGUGAUCACGGUGGGGAACGACACCACGUUCAACGACGGGCGAGGGAAGGUGCGCAACGUCACCGAGCUGCUGGAAGGCGCCAAGAAAGCCAACAUGGUGCUGGAGGCGCGACAGGUGGCCAUGAAGAUCUUUGAGGACUACACACAGUCCUGGUACUGGAUUCUGCUUGGCCUGGUCAUCGCCAUGAUCGUCAGCCUCAUCUUCAUCGUGCUUUUACGGUACCUCGCAGGCAUCAUGGUCUGGAUCAUGAUCAUCUUAGUCAUCCUCGUCAUUGGCUACGGAAUCUUCCACUGUUACAUGGAGUACGCUUCUCUGAAAGGCGUCCCUGGGUCGGACGUCUCCAUCAAGGACCUGGGCCUGCAGACUGACUUCGCCGUGUACCUGCAGCUGAGACAGACCUGGCUGGCUUUUAUGAUCAUCCUGUGCAUACUGGAGGUGAUCAUCAUUCUGUUGCUCAUCUUCCUCCGCAAGCGCAUCCUCAUCGCCAUCGCUCUCAUCAAGGAAGCCAGCAGGGCGAUCGGUCAUGUGAUGUCAUCGCUGUUUUACCCGCUGUUGACCUUUGCCCUCCUGGCCCUGGUCAUUGCAUACUGGGCCAUCACAGCUGUCUUCCUCUCGACCUCCAAUGAGCCUGUUUACAAAGUGUUUGCCAAUGAGACUACAUGCAACUACAGCAGGAGCACCUGUGAUCCCGAGACGUUCAACACCACCGACAUCCGAAAGCAGUGCCCCGACGCCGAGUGCCUGUUCGCCUUCUACGGCGGGGAGUCGUACUACCACAAGUACCUCAUCGCACUGCAGUUCUACAACGUCUUCCUGUUCUUCUGGUGCGCCAACUUUGUCACGGCGCUGGGCCAGAUAACUCUGGCGGGAGCAUUUGCCUCCUACUACUGGGCGUUCAAGAAGCCCGACGACAUGCCCACUUUCCCCGUCUUCUCCUCCCUGGGCCGGGCGCUCAGGUACCACACUGGCUCCCUGGCUUUUGGAUCUUUAAUCUUGGCCAUUGUCCAGGUCAUCCGGGUUCUGUUGGAAUACCUGGACCAUAAACUCAAAGGUGCCCAAAACAAAUUUGCCAAAUUCCUGCUGUGCUGCCUGAAGUGCUGUUUCUGGUGCCUGGAGAAGUUCAUCAAGUUCUUGAACAGAAACGCCUACAUCAUGAUCGCAAUUUAUGGAAAAAACUUCUGCACCUCAGCCAGGGAUGCUUUCUUCCUCCUGAUGAGGAACAUAGUGAGGGUGGCCGUCCUGGACAAGGUGACGGACUUCCUACUGUUCCUGGGGAAGCUGUUGAUUGUCGGGCUUGUUGGAAUCCUGUCUUUCUUCUUUUUUUCGGGGAGAAUCAAAGCCAUUGAGAACACCACUCCAAACCUCAAUUAUUACUGGGUCCCCAUCCUGACGGUGAUAGUCGGCUCGUAUCUCAUUGCUCACGGCUUCUUCAGCGUCUAUGCCAUGUGUGUGGAUACGCUGUUCCUCUGCUUCUGUGAGGAUUUGGAACGUAACGACGGUUCUGAGGAGAGGCCAUACUACAUGUCUUCCGAGCUCCAUCUGAUCCUCUCCAAGAGUGAGCCUAGAGAGGAGGAAGAACCGCAAGCUGAAAAACCUGAUGAGGCCCAGGAGUAGCCAAAGGGAACUGUGGGGAGGGGAUGUUAUAUCUCCCCCUUGUGCUCUGGAGGCACUAUUGCAAGAAGCUACCCCACCUCUUAAAGAGAACGCCCUUUAUUGCAGUGUUGGGUUUUUCGUUCAGCCUGAAGCAAAUGCUUCUCUUGGAUUGUACCAAAGUGUGUCUGUGGGGAAGCUUGGUUGUACUGCGUCUUAAGGAUUUAACCCACACAUUCCAACCCUUUUCUGUGGGCGACUGGUGUCCAUCUUGAUUUAAUUGCUAAGAUGGAUGGUGGAUUUGGGAUAGCAGGUUAAGUGUUGGUUGCAUGAAUGUAGAAAUAGAAUACCCCCCCCCCUCCUUUUCAUAGCUGAGAUGGUAUGGGUACCUUCCUUUCAACAGUAAAUUAAGAUGUCCUGAAGUUUUCCUAACUCCUCUUACCCUUCUCACUCCCUCAGACUAAAGUGUUCAGAAAAGGGCUUUGCCUUCUGAAUACUUCCUGUGUGAUAGAACAGUACCUUGUUCCAUCACUGUGUAGGAAAAACCUUUGAUUGUGAUCAUAUAGCAAAAGUUACAGGUAUCUGUGCUCAAGUGCUAGUAGCUAACCUGUCGCUGAAUUUCAUCCAGCCUUGUCUUGCAGAAUCUCAGCCUGUUGGGUAGGUUGUGGUUGACAGAUGUACAAUAGAUGGUAUGCUCAAGGCUUGUGCCCUUUGGAAAUGAGGAAACCUCAUUGGGAUUACUGGAAUCUGCAAAUUCUAAAAUUCAGGACCCACCUCUUGCACAUCAUGCUUGAGUGUAAAGUCACAGGGGAAACAGCCCAGUAAUGGACAAGUAUACUAGCUCUUUUGCUAAGCAUCCAAAGAUCUCUGGUUUUCUUUUGAACAUGGAACCAAGAAGCCUUGUGUAAAUAUGACCCAGGAUAGCUCAUGUGCCUAAUCUUUAGUGUCGUAUUUCCUCUUCAGUGUGGGUGUUGAUAUAUGCAAAGCUACAGCUGCCACUUCUACUUAGGUAUAUGUUUUUUUUUCUGGGUCACAGUCCUGAUCCCAUUCUGAGCCUCUAGACCAGAACUUGGUAGCUUGUCUGCACUCCGACAUGCUUGUACGUCUGAUUUUCUACGCAUCAGCUUCUAAUACUUGUGAUCCCAGGGUCUUUUAAAAGACCUUAUUCAUCACGGUACUUUACAACCAGUUACAACGUCUCUACGUUGCCACAGGGCACAGGAAUAUUUCAAGAUCAUUUGCUCAAAAGGAAAAUAGUUUCCUAACAAUUUGCUCUAUUUGUAAAGAUCUGCACGAUCGUACAAUUCUCUAACAGUAGCACCAAAUUCUUUCAAUGUGUCUUCCACAAAGCUGGCUUCCUCAUGCGGCCGAUAAAAGAUCCAACAUUUGUCAUUACAGGAAACAAUAACUGUCCCAUCUGCCAACUGCAAAGGGAAUUGUAUGAUUUGUCCGUGGCCUCAUUUGAACGGCUUCUGGUUUUCUCCAUCUGCAAAGUAUAAAAUCUCAUGAGCACUUAAAAAUCCUAAACAAUCACUUUGCUUUGUACCAGACUCCAAACUGAAUUCCAUUAGUGUUGUUUUCCUCCCUGCUUGUAACAGGGAAUGAAACAUUCAUUUUUUGGUACCCGAAAUUCUUUUAACAUAGAUUUGCAGAACAGGGAUUAACAAUUUUUGCAAACCCAAAGAACUUAGAUCGAUUAAGUUUUUCAAGUCAUGCUAUUGAUCCUUAAACUACUCCCACGAUGCAAGAGGUGCAUUGGAGAUGGGUGGACCUGGAUGAACCAAUCAAAUGUUUGAGGGUGUGUCCGUAAGUGCUCUCCAAUCCCUUUCUAUUCUCACAUUCAUUGUACAGUAUGUUAGAGAUGGAGGACUCGGGGUCAAUUUAGUCAAUAAACAUAAUGUAUUUCAAAGACUGUCACUUUAUCUGUUGAAAAGAUUAUUUUCAGGAAAGUUAGUUUUUUCUACAGGUCUAUUUUAGAUGUGCUUGGUCCCCUGAAAAAUGAGAUUUUUGAAAUGCAAUCCUGGAAAAAUAUCCUAAUAUUUGUCCAGAUAAUCAUCCAAUUUCAUAUUAAGAAAAAGCCAUAAAAUGCUACAACCUGUGAGGAACUGGGUUUUGAUUGGGUUUCAACAAUAUGGAAUGGAUCUUGUUUUUAAAAAAAUAUACAAUUAAGCACCUUGUUUGCCUUGGAACACUGAUUGACACUGUAAAUGCAAUCUAAUGCAGCCUUUUUGGCCCUCUAACCUCUGACUGUGCCAUUACUAAUCCUUGUCUGCAUGCUGUAAUCUUUAUUAAAACCCAGCAUCUUUCUAC